AUGUCCUACGAAGGGUCUGGGAGAUUGAAACGUAAUGAAGGCGAAUAUGAGCAUACCAGUGAUCGCCAUGUGGUGUACAGCCGAUUGACUCCGGAGGCGAAGGUCCUGGAUCUUGAUCAGGUUAUUUUCGUGGCUUCUCGAAUUCUCGAAUUCACGAGGGAUAAACCAGUGAAUAACGACCUAGCCAUGUUCAGCAGCAGGAUUGAAAACAGAGUCAAUAUGUCGGGUUGGUUUCGAUACCUUGGUAUCCAAAAUACGGCGUAUGGACUUCAUCCCGCGCCGAGGAACUCCUACAUCCUUGGAACGGAUUCCUUACAGCCCAAGAAGGGAUGCACUAGGGUAGCUCGGAGAUAUUGCUCAGACGAUAGUCGGAAACAUCGGAUGAACAUUCUGAACCUCACGAUGCUUAUGCCCUGA